AUGGCCAUUAUAUCACUCGAAACCGCUAUCAAGAUCUUGGAAAAAAGUGAAGAUAACAUUAGUGCAGCGGCGCGGUCCAAGUUCGUCCUUGCUCAAGUGCUCAAGGAAAAGGACGCUUCCGACAAGGCUGCGGCUGCGGCGAUGAUGAAUCAAGUCACCUUGGAUCUUAGAAAGCUGCGCUAA